AGUUUUGCAGAACGUUCUCGGCUUUUAGCUGAUUCCAGAAAAUACCAUACGAUUCCUUCACGUUCAUCACGCGUGUUUAAAAUCAAACGUGCCGUCUCGUCUUCUCCAGCAGUGCGAAUCUAGACAUCAUUCAAUUCACCCUCUCGUUUUAAACACUGCAAUCUAUAUUUAACUUUCUUGUUGGCUCUCGCCGCGUAUGUUCCAGUACCUAGUCAGUCAACAUCAUGACAGCCAACGAACAAACCAGCAUGGAAGUUGAUCAACCCAUUGUUCAAGAUUCUUCGAAAACAGAGCCCUACACACCUGGCCCAUCAGCCGUUGAUCUCACUCCAGACAAGGAUGGUGGUGUUUUGAAGGAAAUCAAGCAGGCAGGCACUGGUGAUGAAACUCCUCCUCUGGGCAGCUCAGUCUAUGUUCACUACACAGGCACUUUGACGAAUGGCAACAAAUUUGAUUCCAGUCGGGACAGAGGAGAGAAAUUCAAAUUCAACCUCGGCAAAGGUAGUGUAAUUAAGGCAUGGGACCUUGGUGUUGCCACCAUGAAGCGUGGUGAGGUGGCAGUCUUGUAUUGUAAAGCCAAUUAUGCCUAUGGUGAAAACGGAAGUCCACCUAAAAUUCCCCCUAAUGCCACAUUAGUGUUUGAGGUUGAGUUGUUUGAUUGGAAGUUAGAAGAUCUCACCAAAGCAAGUGAUGGAGGGAUUUUAAGACAAACCUUGAAAGUUGGUGGUGGUUAUUCAAGUCCUAAUGAAGAGGCACUUGUCGAAGUUUCACUGGUUGGUCGACACGGGGACACGGUAUUUGAUCAACGUGAGUUAAGCUUCAACCUUGGAGAAGGUUUAGAGCACAACAUUCCCGACGGUGUUGAACAGGCUCUAUUGAAAUUCAAGAAGCAAGAGAGGAGCUUGCUUAAGUUGACACCUGCAUACGGUUUCGGCACUGCAGGUAACGAGCAACUUGGCGUUCCACCCAACGCUAACCUCGAAUACGAGGUUGAACUCAAGAGCUUUGAAAAGGCCAAAGAGAGUUGGAGCAUGGACGCCGAAGAGAAGCUGGAACAGGCUAAACUCUGCAAGGAAAAAGGAACCAAUCAUUUCAAAACUGCCAAAUACGCGCUGGCCAACAAACAGUACUCCAAGAUUGUCACCCUCCUCGAGUUUGAAAAAACUCUUAAAGACGAGAAAGCUACUGAGCGGGAACAGCUCAUGCUGGCAGCAUACCUCAAUCAGGCCAUGUGCUGUUUAAAGUUAAAUGAUUUCUGUGCAACUCGUGAUCAUUGCCACAAGGCGCUCGAGAUGGACCCGAAAAAUGAAAAGGGUUUAUUCCGCAUGGGCCAGGCACUUUUGGGCAUCCACGAGCCGGAGGAAGCCAAGAAACAUUUCGAGGCGAUUCUCCAAUUUGAUUCGAACAACAAGGCGGCCGCCAAUCAAGUGGUGAUCUGCAACGCCAAGAUUCGCGAGCAACGCGAAAAGGACAAGAAAUUGUACUCCAGCAUUUUCAACAAGAUGGCCGAAAACGAUCGACAGAAAGCCUUGCGGAACAAGGCGAUGGAAAUGCCGGAACCGACGCAGUGGGACAAUGAAGACUCGGAGAACACGACCGCCGUUGAAUUGAAAGAUCCUUUGGACUCUGUGCCAUGUACAGAGUCGGAAGACUCCGAGGGGUCGGAUGAAAACUAAUCUUGAUUAUCGUCAUUGUGAUUCCCGACCCGUUUUUUGAAAUUUAAUUACCGAGAAUUGAUUGUGUUUUUCUCUCAUGCCUGUUCUCUCUGUUGUUAUAACACAACAACUUCAAACUAUACAACUUCUAAACCAAAACAGUACUAAGGACAUAUUCAAUUGAUUGUGUAAUUAUCGACUGCCCUCAAUCGUAAAACAUAUCUCAUCUUAAAAAAAUAAAAAUGGUGAAUUUGACGGGUAAAUUUAAUAAAUAAAACUGAAGACU